AUGGCAAGGACCUUCGCAAAUGUCGUACAGACCCUCUCUACUGAGGUGACGGACCAGCCCGGUCUACAGCCCGCGUUUGAGCAGGCCGUCGCCGACGCUCGAAAAGUGGCCCCGGUUGCCAUGGACCGCCACGGCAUCGCCUCGCUGACCGACUUCUACGCCUACCUCGACCACCUGCUGACGUGGAUCCCCCGCGAGGACAGCACCUCGGGCGUGAUGACGGAGAAGAUCUGCCUGUUCUACCUCGUGCUCAACCAGCCGUCGGUCUUCGCGCUGCAAACCCCCGUCAGCCCGUCGACCAGUCGGGGCCCGCUCUCGUGGACGUCGCAGUGGAUUGUGGACUACGUGCGCUGCCUGGGCGCCUUCAUGGACACCCCGGGGUCCGUGACCAAGGAGUCCCUGGCCACCUUCCGCCAGGCGACCAAGUACCGGAUGAACGACUACAUCGAGCCCGAAGGCGGGUGGAAGACGUUCAACGAGUUCUUCGCGCGGCACGUCAAGCCCGAGUGCCGGCCCGUCGCGGACGUCGCCAGCCCUCACGUCCUGGUGAGCCCUACCGACUGCACGUUUGUCGGGUCGUGGCCCGUGGACGAGCGGGGGUCGGUCUCGUUCAAGGGGAUCGAGUGGUCGAUCCCGGAGCUGCUGCAGGAUAGCAAGUACGCGGACCGGUUCACGGGGGGCACGUUCAUGCACUCGUACCUGUCGCCGACGGACUACCACCGGCAGCACAGCCCUCUGCCGGGCAAGGUGCUGGAGACGAAGAUCAUCCAGGGCCAGUGCUAUAUGGAGGUCGGCCACGACGGGGCGGGCGAUAUGCAGGCGGGUCGGCGGGAUGCCAAGACCGAGAAGCCGCUGGAGAUUGUGGACGGGGAUGGGUUCCAGUGGUGCCAGACGCGUGGUCUCCUGGUGCUGGACACCGCCGUGGGUCUGGUGGCGGUACUGCCUGUGGGGAUGUGCCAUAUCUGCUCGGUUGUGAUGACAGUCCAAGAGGGACAGACCCUGGAAAAGGGGCAGGAGAUCUCGUAUUUCCAGUUCGGGGGGUCGGAUAUCGGUCUGGUGUUUGAGCGGUCGAGCACGGUUGAUUUGAACGUGACGCCGGGGCAGCCUUUGAAGAUGGGCGAGAAGAUGGGCGCGGUGUUUUCGAAACGUCCCUAA